AUGAUGGUGUGCGACCGCUGCUCCACGUUAUGGGCGCUGGCGAACCUCGCCACGCGCAGCGACGCUGGCCUUCUGUGGGGGCUGUACAUACUUCGGACAGUGGGGCCCAUGCCUCGCAUGUGCAUCGGCUCGUCGUGCCGUAUCCUGACACGUCGACUGGUGUGCUACGGGUGUGGGCUGCCCACCGUUGUCACGCAGCCGCACACUGCACGUGUGGUCCGCCCGAACGGGGUGUCCAAGAGCGUGAUGGACGACGUCAGCGUGCUCGACGUGCAGCAGCUCUCGCUGCGCGCCAUGGAGGUGGGCGGGAUGACGACCACGCAGGUGGAGCGCAUGUUUCGCGGGCUCUUCCACCGCUACGAAGAGAUGCUCGCCUUCCGCGCCAUCACCACCGCCGUUCUGGCACAGCGAGUGCUGCUUUCCAUGGUGGCCUCGGCAAUCGCGUACGAGUACCUUGGAGCGCCAAACAUCACCUUAAGUCUGUCUGACAUCCCGUAUGCAUCUGUACUACGCAUCACCGUAGCACGGGAGCGUUACACAAUCCUUGAGGCGCCAGGUCGCGUUAAGUUCAUUGCCUUUCCCGGAACGCACAACUGGCGGACGCGUUGGGUGGACAUGCAGUUUGCGCGUGUAACGGAGACUGUGUGGUCGACGUUGCACGAAGGCGUCUGCCUGACGACGACAGCGGAGGACGAAGAGGGGGCCAACCGCGCUGAGGCAACGGUGCUCCUCAACGGCGGUGUUCGGAAGGUGUGGGAGUACCAGGUGCACAAGGGCUUCGCGCAAGAGGCGCAAGAGGUUGGGCUGCCCUUCGACACGCUUCUGGAAGACGUCCGCAGUGGCGGUUAUACCCUUGUCCUGUGCGGCCACUCGCUGGGCGGGGCCACUGCGCAGUACUUGAGUCUGCAGCUGCUGCAACGAUGUGCUUCUCUGCUGGUGCCCCGCGGCUCGCAGGAGGAGACACCGCGACUGCUGUGCGUCUCACUCGGUGCGCCGCUGCUCGGCAACUAUGAGCUGGCCGACCACGUACAGAGCUGCGGCUGGACGCAUAUCUUCCACAACUUUGUCUACCGCAGCGAUAUUGUGCCUCGCCUGUCGUGCACGGACGAACUCGCUUGGGACGCGCAGUCGCGACUUAAGGAGCUCGUCACAUCCGUCUUCACGGCAGCCCAGAGCUGGUGGAGGGGCGGCGGUAGUCAAAGCAGCCCCGCGAGUGCGGCGUCGCCAGCAGCAAAUACCGUCGCCUCCUCCUCCGCCGCGACUGUAGCAGCCAGCACCCCCACCCUCAGCGCCGGCAGGCUCUCCACCCCGCUGGCACGCUUGCGUGCCAAGACGCCGUCCGGCACUUCCAUUGCGGACACUUUUCCAGGUGUUGGCGCUUCAGUUACGUCUGCACUCUUCUCGAUAAACAACGCGACGGGCAAGGAGACCGCCGUGCCAGAGGAGGAAGGCAUCUCUGACGAGUCGUCUGCAUUGUGGGAAGAGCAAGCGCAGCUCGCUGCGUAUGCUGAUACCACCCUCCGCAACAGCCAUGACGCGCUGGAGAACGACACGCCAGCACCAUCUCGUGAGGUGGCAGCGCAGCUGGACGCCGACGUGGAGGCGGUCCUCCACGAUUUCAAAAGCCGAUGCGCGCGCAGGAGCGGCGCCGCGUCUAGGCGAUGGAACACCGUGCAUCACUCGUGCCGCGAAGGUGGCGGCGCUGAACCCGACGUCAGCGAUGAGCCGGUCACACCUUCUGAAAUUCGGGUUGCGGCGGACACGGUGGCUGAUGUAGUGCUGCCGGUGUCUUCGCGCCGCAUGCACCGCUGCUUCACGUGCUUCGGCCGCUAUCAUUUUAUCCAAUACGGUGCCUACGGGUAUGUGUCGACCGACGACUCGGAGACCGCCUUCGCGGUGUUGAAGCACGGCUGCGGGGAGGCCUCGGUUUUGAGUGAUCACUCUGUGGAGGCGUACAAUCGAGGGGUGAUGAUCCACCUCUACCGCAACACCGAGUCUUAG